ACGCCAUUACAGAACAUCAUUAGUAAGAAAAACAGUGAAACUUAUUCUUUGUGCUUAUUUAUUUAAAGCUAUACACACAAAUUGAAGUGAAAAGAUUCAAAAACAAGUUCCUUUAAUUUUCUCCCUUUUCUUUCAAAGGAACUUUUUUUUCUUUGGCUUUUCAAGAAUAGCCUCAAUUACCCAUUUUUACAUUUUUAUGCUUACAUUUGUUUGAUUUUUUUUUAUGUCCAUCCACAUUAAGAUAAAGGGUGCAAAACCCCAUUCUUGAUUUCUGAAAAAGAUUGAAGCUUUGGGGCUAAUGAGUCUUCUAGCUCUACUAUAUGCAGAAGAAAGUUGAAAUGGUUCAUUACCCAUUUUGAAAAUUUUGUGAAUUUAGUAUUGGAUUUGAAAGAUCCAUAAACUGAUAAGUUGGUAGUAAGUAAAUUGGUUUGGUUGCUGAGAUUCAAGUCUCUUGGAAUUUUGAUUCUCAGAAAAUGAUGGCCUAGCAUUUCUUAUCUCAUUGAUAGGUUAGUGUUUUCUUUCUUCAGGAUCUUGGUUUAAAUCAGAAUCAGUCUAUGAAAAUGGCUUCAAAAUCAUUCAAAGCUAGUAGAUCAUCUCUGUCAACAUCCUCAGAUUUGCCUGAUCCACAGCAUGGGAAACCCCCACUUCCUCCACAUGUGACUUUCCAACGGCGUACUUCUUCCGGCCGAUAUGUGAACUACUCAAGGGAUGAUCUUGAUAGUGAACUUAGCAGCAGUGACUAUAUGAACUAUAUGGUACAUCUCCCUCCGACUCCUGACAAUCAGCCCAUGGAUUCUAUUUCUCAGAAGGUCGAAGAGCAGUAUGUAUCCAGUUCACUUUUCACGGGUGGUUUUAAUUCUGUUACACGUGCUCAUCUUAUGGACAAGGUGAUUGAAUCAGAGGCGAAUCAUCCCCAAAUGGCGGGUGCAAAAGGGUCGUCGUGCGCUAUCCCUGGAUGUGAUGCUAAAGUGAUGAGUGAUGAAAGGGGCAUUGAUAUUGUUCCAUGUGAAUGUGAUUUCAAGAUAUGCAGAGACUGUUACCUGGAUGCUGUCAAAACCGGUGAUGGUAUAUGUCCGGGGUGUAAGGAGCAAUAUAAAGUCACUGACUGGGAGGAAACUAAUGGAAACAAUCGUCCGCUUCCUCUCACUGGGCCAGGUGGGAUGUCAAGGAUGGAGAGAAGGUUGUCAAUUAUGAAAUCAACUAAGUCGGGAUUGAUUAGGAGCCAUACUUCAGAGUUUGAUCACAACCGUUGGUUGUUUGAAACAAAGGGCACAUAUGGGUAUGGAAAUGCUAUAUGGCCAAAAGAAGGUGGAUUUGUAAAUGGAAAAGAUGAUGAUAUUAUGGAGCCUACUGAACUGAUGAGCAAACCAUGGAGGCCACUUACGCGCAAAUUGAAAAUUCCUGCUGCUAUCCUAAGUCCUUAUAGACUUUUGAUCGUCAUUCGGUUUGUUGUACUUGGACUUUUUUUGGCAUGGAGAGUGAAUCAUCCCAACAAUGAUGCAGUUUGGUUGUGGGGGAUGUCUGUUGUUUGUGAAAUAUGGUUUGCUUUCUCUUGGAUUCUUGAUCAAUUGCCCAAGCUUUGCCCGAUCAACCGUGCAACUGAUCUUAGUGUCUUGAAAGACAAAUUUGAAACACCAAGCCCAGGCAAUCCUACUGGGAGAUCUGAUCUCCCUGGUGUUGAUAUGUUUGUCUCUACCGCUGAUCCAGAGAAGGAACCCCCUCUUGUGACUGCUAAUACUAUAUUGUCCAUUCUAGCUGCAGAUUAUCCUGUAGAAAAACUUGCUUGUUAUGUCUCUGAUGAUGGAGGUGCCCUUUUGACCUUUGAGGCAAUGGCAGAAGCUGCAAGUUUUGCUAAUUUAUGGGUACCAUUUUGUCGUAAACAUAACAUUGAACCUAGAAAUCCAGAAAGUUACUUCAAUUUAAAGAAGGAUCCUUACAAAAACAAGGUAAAGCAAGACUUUGUUAAGGAUCGUAGGCGGGCAAAGCGUGAGUAUGAUGAGUUUAAGGUUCGUAUCAAUAGCUUGCCGGAUUCCAUUCGCCGUAGGUCUGAUGCUUAUCAUGCAAGGGAAGAAAUUAAGGCCAUGAAGCAACAGAGGCAAAAGACUGAUGAUGAACCUUUAGAGAAUGUAAAGAUCCCAAAAGCUACGUGGAUGGCAGAUGGAACCCAUUGGCCUGGGACAUGGUUGAAUUCUGGACCGGAGCAUUCCAAGGGGGAUCAUGCUGGAAUAAUACAGGUGAUGUUGAAACCUCCAAGUGAUGAUCCACUACAUGGUAACAAUGAAGAUGGGAUUAUUGACCUGACUGAUGUUGAUAUCCGUCUUCCCAUGCUUGUUUAUGUUUCCCGUGAGAAGCGUCCUGGCUAUGAUCACAAUAAGAAAGCAGGUGCUAUGAAUGCCCUGGUUCGAGCAUCUGCGAUCAUGUCCAAUGGUGCAUUUAUUCUUAACCUUGAUUGUGACCAUUACGUUUACAACUCCCAGGCUAUCAGGGAAGGUAUGUGUUUUAUGAUGGAUAGGGGAGGGGAUCGUCUUUGCUAUGUUCAGUUCCCACAGAGGUUUGAGGGCAUUGACCCAUCUGACAGGUAUGCCAAUCGUAAUACUGUCUUUUUCGAUGGUAACAUGAGGGCCCUUGAUGGGCUACAGGGUCCAAUGUAUGUGGGAACUGGAUGUCUCUUUCGGAGGGUAGCCCUUUAUGGUUUUGAUCCACCUCGCUCCAAGGAUCACCAGUCCGGUUGCUGUAGCUGCUGCUAUGGUCGCAAAAAGAAGCAUGUUAAUACAUCAGAAGAACAUCGGGCCUUGCGACGAGGUGAUUCAGACGAUGAAGAAAUGAAUCUCUCACUGGCUCCCAAGGCUUUUGGGAACUCAGCAGUUCUUAUUGAUUCAAUUCCUGUGGCGGAGUUCCAAGGUCGUCCUUUGGCAGAUCACCCAGCUGUGAAGAAUGGACGGCCUCCUGGUGCUUUGACCAUUCCUCGAGAGCAUCUUGAUGCAUCAACAGUUGCAGAGGCCAUCAGUGUCAUCUCCUGCUGGUAUGAGGAGAAGACAGAGUGGGGACAACGUGUCGGAUGGAUUUAUGGUUCAGUUACUGAAGAUGUUGUGACAGGAUACAGGAUGCACAACAGAGGUUGGAAGUCAGUUUAUUGUGUUACUAAACGUGAUGCAUUCCGUGGGACUGCCCCUAUUAAUCUCACUGAUAGGCUUCAUCAGGUCCUUCGAUGGGCUACUGGUUCAGUUGAAAUCUUCUUCUCCCGGAACAAUGCCCUUCUUUCCAGUUCAAAAAUGAAAUUCUUACAGAAAAUUGCUUACCUCAAUUGUGGAAUCUAUCCCUUCACAUCAAUCUUCUUAAUCGUCUACUGUUUCCUUCCAGCACUGUCCCUCUUCUCCGGUCAGUUCAUUGUCCAAACACUCAAUGUCACCUUUCUUGUGUACCUCCUGAUUAUUACAGUCACCCUCUGCCUGCUUGCGGUGCUCGAGGUCAAGUGGUCAGGCAUUGAGCUGGAAGAGUGGUGGAGGAAUGAGCAGUUCUGGCUGAUCGGAGGGACAAGUGCUCACUUGGCUGCUGUGCUUCAGGGGCUAUUAAAAGUUGUUGCUGGGAUUGAAAUUUCCUUCACCUUGACGUCAAAAUCAGCUGGUGAUGAAGAAGACGAUGACUUUGCUGAUCUGUAUCUCGUUAAGUGGACAUCCCUCAUGAUUCCACCAAUUACAAUCAUGAUGGUGAACUUGAUAGCAAUAGCAGUUGGUUUUAGCAGGACAAUAUAUAGUGUUAUACCACAAUGGAGUCGUCUACUAGGAGGUGUAUUCUUCAGUUUUUGGGUUUUAGCACAUCUCUAUCCCUUUGCGAAAGGUCUUAUGGGCAGAAGAGGCAGGACACCAACCAUUGUCUUUGUAUGGUCAGGACUUAUCGCGAUCACCAUAUCCCUUCUUUGGGUUGCGAUUAAUCCUCCAGCAGGCACUACCCAAAUUGGAGGAUCAUUCCAGUUUCCGUGAUCAGCUUCUCUUCCUCGGAAGCUUUCUCCUUGUAGCAAAAAGUGCUGGUAUGUUUUGAUUCAUCGCAUUCAGCUCACCGAUGAAAUUGGUGAUUAUUCACAAGCUGCUCAACUAUUUUUAGCAUAGUGGGAAGCAGAACUAAGCAAGUUUAGUUGAGUUGGACUUGGAUAGAGGAAAUUCAGCAUUUUUUUGUAUCAUCUUGGACCAGAAAUUAUUCAUUUAAUUGUUUGAUUUACCAACACCAUGAUGUUAAGGAUUUGCAAUAUACAUUUUUGUUCAUUCAACUGUUCUCUUCACUUCUUUCUUCUGUUAA